UGGACAAAUUGUGCCACACUAAACCUCCCAGGAGUCAUGGCCACAGGUGAUGCAUUUAAAGUGUCUUCUCUGAAGGGGAAAGUGACGCUGAUAACUGGUGCCAGCUCGGGGAUCGGAGCAGGUACGAGCGUCCUGUUCGCUAAACUCGGAGCUCUCCUGGCUCUGAACGGCCGCGACGUGGAAAACCUCAACAAAGUAGCCAAACAGUGCACAGAGUGUGGAGCCGCUGAGCCCCUGCUUGUUCCUGGAGACCUGACUGAUGAGGAGAUCGUGAAAAAGACGGUGGAGCAAACUGUCGCUCACUUUGGCCGGCUGGAUGUGCUGGUCAACAGUGCUGGCAUCCUGGCAAUGGGCAGUAUCGAGACAACAGAUCUGGCUCAGUAUGACAAGGUUAUGAACGUCAACGUGAGAUCUGUAUACCACCUGACCCAACUUUGUGUACCGCACCUGAUCAAGACCAAAGGCUCCAUCGUCAAUGUAUCCAGUGUGAACGGACAGAGAUCAUUUCCUGGUGUGUUGGCCUAUUGCAUGUCCAAGGCUGCUAUUGACCAGUUUACACGUUGUAUAGCACUUGAGCUGGCAUGCAAGCAGGUUAGAGUGAACUCUGUCUGCCCUGGUGUGAUCAUCACAGACGUCCACAAGAGAGCAGGACUAAAUGAGGAGCAGUAUGUCCAGUUUCUUGAUAAGUGUAAGCAGACCCACGCCCUCGGUCGACCAGGUGAGGUGGAAGAAGUGGCCCACAGCAUUGCUUUCCUGGCUUCUGACGCUGCCAGCUUCAUUACUGGAGUCAACCUGCCCAUUGAUGGUGGUCGUCACGCCAUGUGCCCAAGAUAAGACCGUGUAUGUUACGAUGCAACACUGUGCUAAUAUAAUACUUUUAAACACUUGGUUUGCCUGUGUUUUUUGUAUUGCAUAGGGCUGCAGUAAGGUUCAAUGAUUUUUCUUCAUCUUUACAAUGGUAGCGCCUGGCAUGACAUCAAAUUUCCACACGUGAAAUAAAUAGGAGACUGCAGUGUCACAGGUAGGCAGUUUAAA